AUGAGUGCGUUGCCCAGGGCGUACCACGUGGAGAUUGAAAUCACCAACUUUACAACCAGUUGGAGUGACGGUUUGGCAAUGUGUGCUCUGAUCCAUCGACACUGCCCCGAUCUGCUGGAUUUUGCAAAACUUGCUGCUCCAAACGUAACCCCCGUUAAUCGUCUAUCGGAGGCCUUUAACAUGGCCGAGAAGGUCUUCCAUAUGCCCGAAGUGGUCAGUGCAACUGAUUUUAUCGCUUGCAGCAAUGAUGAGAGAUGCAUCAUUGCUGUGGUGGCUACUUGGUACCAUCGACUGAAUGAAAAUCGGAACUUCAAAAGGUCGUCAAAUCGACUUGGAGUUGUGCUCAACAGAGCUGUAACAGCAGGAAGACAUAUGACGGCCUACAUUAGGGAGGUCUACAAUCUUCGCAACUGGAUGAAAAGUAAUCUGCGUUUCCUUGAAGAACUUAGCACCUUUAAAGAUAUUCAAAUUAUCUCCAAAAAAUUAAACCAGUGGCGUAAAAAAGAAAAACAAAAGAGGAGCGAAGCGAUUUGUCAAAUUGAGUUUAUGUGGUUAAACCUUAAAGGCGAGAAUUUGGCCUGGGGUUACCGUACACCCAACCCACCCACAGGUUUUGAGUUUCCAACAAUUUACAAAAUCUGGUUACAAUUAGAAGAAAUGGAAAAAGUCUGCGCUAAAAGGAUCCAAUCAGGCAUUGAAGCAGAAAGCAGGAAAAUGACCCAUCUGGAGAAGUUUAACAAGAAGGCCGAACUUCACAAGAUGUGGCUUCUUGAAAGCGAGCAGCUUCUAGAAAUGACAAGUCAAAGCGAUGCUCGUACGAGCCCUUGUUAG